AUGCGGUCGGCGUUUUCAAUUGCCAAACUGUCUGAUUUCUGGCUGUCGCUGCGAUCAGCUGUCGCGACUUAUCGAAGCACUGCCGUCUCAAUUGCGGAACAAAACAAAGUAUUCUUUAUAUUCGAUUUGUGGGAAGAUUUUCCCGUUAACGGCGGUUUUGAAGACCUGCGGUGCCCUUUGCCGCAGCUGUGGCCCACUACUCCGCCCUGCCUCAGCCCCAGGCCACCCCGGAGGUGCUCUACACUGACUGUUCAUCAACAAAGCAGACUAUCGCUGAAGCUGGACUGGAAGCUGGGACCCACACUGGCUACCGUCGACACCAUCGUCCUAAAGCCAGCCGAGCAGUCAAUGUGGCGCCGACAAGGACGUGCCAUACAUCAAUGAAAUGAGCGUGUGGAGCUGGGAGGAGUCACGUCGCUGGCCCUGGACCAGCAGUCCCAUAUGAUCCCCUGGCAAUCGAAUCGAUGGAAUGAACAAGUAAACAAGAAUAUGGGGAUCCGUUGGACACGUGUAAUCCCCUGAUCCGUCUCCGCAGGAAAACCCUUGUUUCCAUGCACAUCUCACAUGCAAUCCUCCCAAAAAUCUCUCUUUGAUGAUGACGACCAGUAUGAUGUCACUUAUUUUUUUGGCUCAAAGAUAAUCUCCAUAUUAAGUUAACGAAAUAGGGUAUACAAAUGCCCAUACUCCGGUUGACAAGCAACAAGUCUUCAAAUACCAGGAACAUUGACGCGACAACUUUGCGACUGUUUCUUUGUUGAGCUCUUUUGCUUAAACUGUGUUUUGGUCAAAAUACAAUAAAUGGGAGUACUUAAAAGUA